CUGGACUGCCCAAGUGGGUGGGGUGAGGGGGCCGUCGCGUCCGCCCGGAGCUGCAGAGCCGGCAGCGGACACGGACUGCGGACAACGCGACUGCUCCUCCCCGGCCGCACAGCCUGCAGAGAGACCCUCGCGCCCCCGCUCCUGGGCCCCCGCCCCCUCUCUGUCUCCGCCUCCUUCCUCACACACCCCCCGGGCGGCCCGGGCCCCAGGCCUUCUCGGUGCUCCUCCCACUUCUCUUCACACUCGCUCUCCUACCCCGGUCCUCCAGUCGCCUGCUGGCCUUGCUCCCUCCCGGACCAGUCCUUCCUAGGCGCUCCUUUUACACACACACACACACACACACACACAUAUACAUACACGCGCGUGCUUGUUCGUUCCCUGGGCUGUCCCUUCCUCUCCGGCUCUCCUCCUGGCCCUUACUAACGCUGCCGUCGGGGGAGGAUUGAUGUCCCUUCAGCAUCAUGCAGCCGCCGCCGAGGAAGGUGAAAGUUACACAAGAACUGAGAAACAUUCAAGUUGAGCAGAUGACAAAACUUCAAGCCAAACAUCAAGCAGAAUGUGAUUUGCUAGAAGAUAUGAGGACAUUCAGUCAGAAGAAGGCUGCUAUUGAAAGAGAGUAUGCACAGGGAAUCCAGAAGUUGGCUAGUCAAUACCUGAAGAGAGAUUGGCCUGGAGUAAAAACUGAUGAUCGGAAUGAUUACAGGAGCAUGUAUCCUGUUUGGAAAUCCUUUCUCGAGGGAACAAUGCAGGUAGCCCAGUCUCGGAUCAAUAUAUGUGAAAACUAUAAAAACUUCAUUUCUGAGCCUGCAAGGACAGUGAGAAGCUUAAAAGAACAGCAACUAAAAAGGUGUGUGGACCAGUUGACAAAGAUCCAAACUGAAUUACAAGAGACAGUGAAAGAUUUAGCUAAAGGCAAAAAGAAGUACUUUGAGACAGAGCAGAUGGCACAGGCAGUACGAGAGAAAGCUGACAUCGAAGCAAAAUCUAAACUUAGUCUUUUUCAAUCAAGAAUCAGUUUACAGAAGGCAAGUGUGAAGUUAAAAGCCCGGCGAUCUGAGUGUAAUUCCAAAGCUACCCAUGCAAGAAAUGAUUAUCUUCUUACUCUAGCAGCAGCAAAUGCACAUCAAGAUCGCUACUAUCAAACAGAUUUAGUUAACAUUAUGAAGGCUCUUGAUGGAAAUGUGUAUGACCACCUCAAGGAUUAUUUAAUAGCCUUCAGCCGGACUGAGCUAGAAACAUGCCAAGCUGUGCAGAACACAUUCCAGUUUUUGUUAGAAAACUCUAGCAAAGUGGUACGAGACUAUAAUCUUCAGCUGUUUUUACAAGACAGUGCUGUAUUUCACAAACCCCAGCCCUUCCAGUUUCAGCCUUGUGACAGCGAUACUAGUCGACAAUUAGAAUCAGAAACUGGGACCACAGAGGAGCACAGUCUCAAUAAGGAAGCUCGGAAAUGGGCCACACGUGUGGCACGUGAGCACAAAAAUAUUGUUCACCAACAACAGGUUUUAAAUGAUCUGGAAUGUCAUGGAGUUGCUAUAUCAGACCAAAGCCGAGCGGAGCUGGAACAGAAAAUAGAUGAAGCUAGAGAAAAUAUCCGUAAAGCAGAGAUAAUUAAGUUGAAAGCUGAAGCCCGGCUGGACCUGCUAAAGCAGAUUGGUGUUUCUGUGGACACAUGGCUAAAGAGCGCCAUGAACCAAGUAAUGGAAGAACUAGAGAAUGAGCGAUGGGCCCGCCCUCCUGUAGUGACCAGUAAUGGCACUUUACACUCGCUUAAUGCAGAUACUGAAAGAGAAGAAGGAGAAGAGUUUGAAGACAACAUGGAUGUUUUUGAUGACAGCAGCUCCAGCCCUUCUGGCACCUUAAGAAAUUAUCCACUCACCUGCAAAGUUGUUUAUUCCUACAAGGCUUCUCAACCAGAUGAGUUGACCAUUGAGGAACAUGAGGUGUUAGAAGUGAUUGAAGAUGGAGAUAUGGAAGACUGGGUAAAGGCGCGAAAUAAAGUUGGCCAAGUGGGUUAUGUGCCAGAAAAGUACCUACAGUUUCCCACCUCGAACAGCCUACUGAGCAUGCUGCAGUCCUUAGCUGCUUUGGACAGUCGGUCACACACAUCCAGCAAUUCCACGGAAGCAGAGCUCGUCUCAGGCAGCCUCAACGGAGAUGCCAGUGUCUGUUUUGGGAAAGCACUUUAUGAUUAUGAGGGCCAGACAGAUGAUGAGUUAUCUUUUCCUGAGGGAGCAAUCAUCCGUAUCUUGAACAAAGAAAACCAAGAUGAUGAUGGCUUCUGGGAAGGGGAAUUCAAUGGGCGGAUUGGAGUUUUCCCAUCGGUGCUAGUAGAAGAACUUUCAGCCUCAGAAAAUGGUGACACUCCAUGGAUGAGAGAGAUUCAGAUCUCUCCCUCCCCCAAGCUGCAAGCCUCCCUGCCUCCACUGCCGUUGUAUGACCAGCCUCCCAGCAGCCCCUACCCCAGCCCAGAUAAGAGGAGCUCCCAGUACUUUCCCAGGUCUCCUUCAACAAAUGAAAACAGCCUUCAUGCUGAAUCACCAGGAUUCUCCCAGGCAUCAAGGCACACUCCUGAGACCUCAUAUGGCAAACUGCGACCUGUCCGGGCAGCUCCCCCUCCACCUACGCAGAACCAUCGAAGGCCAGCAGAAAAGAUGGAGGAUGUGGAAAUCACACUGGUGUGAUGAUGGGUUUGCCCAACCAUUACUGCUACAAUCAAGGCCAGGCUUGGGAGUUUGGCCAGUCUUGUGUUUCAGGCACCUUUGCAUGAUGUUGAUGACUCUUGAACAGAGUAAAAACAAGAAGGAUUAUAUGUGACUGGUUGGCCUGGUGGACUCCUCCCACAUUUUGAAUAAUUCGUGCCUUUUUCUGUUGUCAAAUUCUAUGUCAUCUCUCCUACCAUAGCACAAAUCCUAGUGGACCCUAGGCACAGAGAGUGGGGCAGCCCUCAUGCCAAACAGUGGUCCAUUUUUAUAUGAGACUCAAGACCAGGCCUCGUCCCAGGGCACAGUCACAGAAAUACUGAUCACGUGCACUUGUACAGUAUAUUACUGUGGCCACAGGAUGUGGCAAAGAUUCUCAUCUUUCUUCAAGUAGCUUUUGCUCAUCUGAGUUAAGUAUUAAUCAGAUCAUGUUGGCUAUAUAAGGAAACAGAAGGAGGGAUUUCAGGAGAGGCUGGCUCCUCCCCAACGAUAGUCCCCAAACUGAGAAAGUAAAAGAAGUGGACUGCCCUGAGUUUAGCACCAGUUGCAUUAAUGCACAUCUCUUCCACAACUAACAGAUUUAAAAACAAUAACAGUGUCCUUUGUAUUAUUAAUAUCUAUGCCAUUCAUUUAGAAUUAGUGGAGCUAAUAUGGAGGGGCUGAACUAGUAGCCACAUCUUGUCCAUCACAUAGACUAAUAGAAAGGAGGUUACGGCUAAAGCAGAAAUGGAAGUUCCAGAUCUGAAAUGAGCCAAUAUAAUGUUCUUUUUGUAUUUGGGUAUUUUUCAUCUUAAUUUUUACAGCAUAUAUUCUUCUUGCCAGUAAUCUAGAUAAAUUGAGGACACAUACCUCCUACAUUGUUCAGUUUCUCUACUGAGGAGGCCUCUAGCAUUAUUUUAUUCUCAAUCCAGUGCACUGGUCCAGUCCAGCUAUCCCCCAUGGAAAAUCCAGUUUCCAGGUCCCACUGCCCUGACGUUUCUUUGGGAUAAAGAACCUGUGGGCUCAUGGAGGAAACCAGCUUCCUGUGAGAAAGGACUAAAGGACUGCACACCCUACACAAAUCCAGAUUGACAAGAAAAAGACAACUGUCUUCAUAAGUCACAGGAAGAGCCAGAAGUAGUGUCCCCUGCAGGCUAGUGAGCCCACAGCUGCAGGUACCAAGUACAGGACUCUGGUUUUCCACUCCUUUGGAAGGUAGGGAGUGCAAUACCUAGGGACUAAGGAUGUUUGCCAGUUGCUUUUUUUUACUUUUGUUAAGAAAUCAAAUUUGUAGCAUUUAAUCCAAAAGUUGUUUUAUGCUUUGAAAAUUCCAUCCCUCCUAAGAAUCUUUAAAAACUUGAAAUGUUCACCAAAUGUCCCCAUGGGAUUUUUUGACCAAAAGUAAAGGUUAAAGCUGAAGAAAUUUUCAGUUAGUCAUUUGAUCACUCAGAGACAGUACUCACUGAUGAAUCUUCUCUGUGAUUUGGGGGGUUUUUUGUUUUUGUUUUUUGCAUUUCUUGAUCUGUUGAUCUAUUUGAGGUCUUUUGUGUUUAUCAAACUUAUUCUUAAGUUUAAAAAAGAAAUAAAAGUGGUUUUUUUAAGACUUUAAAAUUUUCUGACAUACUAAAAAUCUUCAAAGUGCUCAUAAAUAGAGCAGUCUUGUAUUUUCUCAUUAGCUAGCCAAAUUGUCCUUGAAUUUGGGUUUUCCAUAGCCUCAGAGCGUUAUUUGAAGUCUUUUGUUAUAUUUUAAAAUAUUUUUUGGAAGAGCUGCUAAUUUUAUUUUAAAAAGCAAAGUUGUAAAAAUAUGCCUCCUUUUUAAAAAAUAACCCCUCCCUCCAGAACAUGUAACCCAGCAUCACAAUGCACAGGCCAGGGCUCAGAGGGAGCCUCUGUGCAGAUGUGCUUUCUUUACAGUGGCUGUAAAAAGUUUGUAUUUAUUAUGUAUAAAAUGUUGAAUAAUAAAAAAAUGGAAU